AUGAGAAGGAGAGAGAUAAGCGUGUGUCGGCAAACGUGGGCCUUAUUCUGCAAAAACUUGCUUAAGAAAUGGAGACUGAAAAGGGAGUCCUUGAUGGAAUGGUUAGGCUCAUUGCUGCUACUACUUGUUUUGUACCUAUAUCCUACUAGUCAUGAAAUUCAUGAUUUUUCUUCAAUGCCUACCAUCAACCUGGGACGGGUAGAUUCACUGAACUUGUCAUUUAAUGUUAUAUACACACCUUUCACCAGUACAACCCAACAGAUAAUGAAGAAAGUUGCCUCGGCCUCCAUUAUGAACGGUAGAGAAGUCUUCGGAGUGCCUAAUGAAAAAAUGAUUGAAGAAUUUAAGGCAAAUUAUUCUUUGGAAAUAGUAAGCGUCAUCUUUACUAACGACUUCUCCUAUGAUUUGAAUUUCUUUCGGGGCCUAUAUGGUGUAGCACACAAAGAACACAAGGACCGUACAGCUCAUUGUUAUGAAACGUACUUUGGAAAUGUUGACUGUGGAGUGACAGCGUUAUGGAAGAGCGGUUUUGUGGCUCUUCAAGCUGCCAUCAAUGCUGCUAUUAUCGAAGUCACAACGAACCACUCGGUGAUGAAGGAACUGAUGUCAGCCACUGGGCAGAACAUGAAGAUCCACCGGUUCGUGAGGCAAGGCGGCUUCGUCACCGACUUCUGCCUCUUCUUCCUCAUCCUGUCCUUCUCCCCCUUCGCCUACUACGCCUGUGUCAACGUGACGAGAGAGAGGGGGGAGACCAAGGCCUCGAUGGCGACCAUGGGGCUCCGGGCCUCGGCCUUUAGGCUCUCCUGGGGUUUGCUGUAUGGUGGUUUCAUCUUCAUUACUACCCUUUUCUUGGCACUUAUUUUAAAAUAUGUCCAAUAUGUCAUUUUGACUGGCUUCCUGGUGGUCUUCACCCUCUUUCUCCUCUAUGGAUUAUCUUUGGUGACUUUGGCUUUCUUAAUGAGCGUCUUGUUAAGGAAACCUUUCCUCACCGGCCUGGUCGUGUUCCUUCUCACUGUCUUUUGGGGGAGCCUAGGAUUCACAGCACUGUACAGGCAUAUUCCUACAUCUUUGGAGUGGAUGUUGGGUUUUCUCAGCCCCUAUGCCUUCAUGCUUGGAAUGACCCAGCUUCUGCGCGUGGACUAUGACAUGAAUUCCAACGCGCCUCCUGACCCGUCCAGCUACUCCGGUCAGAUCGUGGGCACACACUUUAUGCUGGCUUUAGACAUUUUCCUCUACCUGGCCUUGACGGUUUAUUUUGAAAAAGUUUUGCCGAAUGACUAUGGACGUCAACACCCACCCUUGUUUUUUCUGAAGUCCUCAUUUUGGUCACGACAACGUGAUGCUGAUCACGUGGCCCUUGAAGAUGCAACAGAUUUUGGCCUUUCGUCUGAUGACUCUUUUGAACCAGUGUCUCCAGAAUUCCACGGGAAAGAAGCCAUCAGAAUCAGAAAUGUUACAAAAGAAUAUAAAGGAAAGCCUGAUAAAAUAGAAGCUUUGAAAGAUUUGGCAUUCGACAUAUAUGAAGGCCAGAUCACUGCAGUGCUUGGUCACAGUGGAGCUGGAAAAUCAACACUGUUAAACAUUCUUAGUGGGUUAUCUGUUCCCACCAAAGGUUCAGUCACUGUGUAUAAUAAUAAACUUUCAGAAAUAGCUGACCUAGAAAAUAUCAGCAAGCUCAUUGGAGUCUGUCCACAAUUCAAUGUGCAAUUUGACUACCUCACUGUGAGAGAAAACCUCAGAUUCUUUGCUAAAAUAAAAGGGAUUCAGCCACAGGAAGUGGAACAAGAGAUACAAAGAGUUUUGCUGGAAUUGCAAAUGAAAAAUAUCCAAGACGUCCUUGCCCAAAACUUAAGUGGCGGACAGAAAAGAAAACUCACCUUUGGGAUUGCCAUUUUAGGAGAUCCUCAGGUGCUCUUAUUGGAUGAGCCAACUGCCGGGUUGGAUCCCUUUUCAAGGCAUCAAGUGUGGAACUUGCUGAAGGAGCGGAAGAUGGACCGUGUGAUCCUAUUCAGUACCCAGUUCAUGGAUGAGGCGGACCUCCUGGCCGAUAGGAAAGUGUUCCUCUCCAAAGGGAAGCUGACCUGUGCAGGCUCCUCCCUGUUUCUAAAGAAGAAAUGGGGGAUUGGAUAUCACUUAAGUUUGCAGUUGAAUGAAACGUGUGCUCAAGAAAAAAUCACAUCCAUCGUUACGCAGCACAUCCCUGAUGCCAAAUUAUCAGCAGCAAGUGAAGGAAGGCUUGUCUAUACAUUGCCUUUGGAGAGAACAAAUAAAUUUCCAGAGCUUUAUGAGAAUCUCGAUCUCUGUCCUGAUCUGGGAAUUGAGAAUUACGGUGUUUCCAUGACCACCUUGAAUGAGGUGUUCCUGAAACUAGAAGGAAAAUCAACUAUCGACGAACCAGAUAUUGCCACAUCUGGAGAAGCACAAGCAGAAGGAGCUGCAGACACAGACGGGCUUGUUGAGAUGGAAAAACUUCUCUCUUCACUUAGUGAGACGAGAGAAACAGUAGGUGGCAUGGCUCUGUGGGGACAGCAAAUCCUUGCAAUUGCAAGGGUCCGCCUGUUAAAGCUAAAGCAUGAAAGGAAAGCUCUUUUAUCACUGCUAUUGAUUCUAGGAAUUGGAUUUUUUCCUAUUCUGAUACAGUACAUCACCUGGAAAAUAUACGAAAUAAAUUACACUUUGGAACUUGCUCCUCACUUAUACUUCCUGGCUCCUGGGCAACCACCACGGGAUCCUCUCACUCAGUUACUAGUCAUCAAUCAUACAGGGGCAAGCAUUGACGACUUUAUACAUUCCGUGGAGCAUCAGAACAUAGCUUUGGAAGUGGAUGCAUCUGGAAGUAGAAAUGGCCUAGAUGACCCAUCUUACAACGGAGCCAUCAUAGUGUCUGGUCAGGGAAAGAAUUACAGAUUUUCAUUAACGUGCAAUACCAAAAGACUGAACUGCUUCCCCGUUCUUGUGGAUAUUGUCAGUAACGGGCUACUCAGGAUGGUUAAACCCUCCGCACGCAUCCAAACUCACAGAACUAUCCUUUUCCCGGAACUGUACAGCUCGUUUGAGUUCGUGAUGCCGUCCAUGUUCUGGUUGCUUCUGUCAUCCAGCUGUGUUCCUUACAUCGCCAUGAGCAGCAUCGACGACUACAAGAACAGAGUUGGGUCCCAGCUACGGGUCUCGGGGCUCUUCCCUUCGGCCUACUGGUUCGGGCAGGCGUUGGUGGACGUCCCACUGUACUGGCUGAUGUUCCUUUUUGUGUAUUUACUGGACCUCCUUUUAAGCCCUGAAGACUCUAUAUUUUACCACUUAAAUCAGGUUUUGCAAAUCCCAUGUGCUAUGGGUUAUGCCAUAUCCCUUAUCUUCUUCACGUAUAUCAUUUCGUUCAUUUUUCGCAAGGGGAGGAAAAAUAGUGGCAUUUGGUCUUUGGGCUACUUUAUUAUCACCAUCUUCUGUGUGUUCUUAUUUGUGGUGGACCUUCCUGGACAUAUUGCAUUUUAUUUCGUCAUCUUUUUUAUACCACAAGGCACGUUGGUUGGCUCCCUGCUCUUAUCUUUUUACCUUUUACUGUUUUCUAGCCUUGAACAAGCAGCCUCAGAGCCCUUCCUGAUACUCCUAAUUCCCUUCCUUCAGUUUGUCGUCCUGCUUUUUGUUCUUCGGUGCCUGGAAUGGAAGUUUGGAAAGAAAUUGAUGAGAAAGGACCCCUUCUUUUGGUUCGGAGAAAUCAAAUUGGAUUAUUUCAUUUCGGGGAUCAGACCCAACCAUAAGCACCUUCUUCCCUCUGGGUCUCCCAGGCCACAUCCCCUGCAUGGUUACCUCCGCCAGAGGAAACCAGUCAUCAUUGCCAGCUGUCUGCGCAAGGAGUAUGUCAAGAAGAAGAAACACUGCUUUUCCAAGAAGACGACAAAGAUCGCCACAAGAAACGUCUCCUUCUGCGUUAGGAAAGGUGAAGUUUUAGGAUUACUAGGACACAAUGGAGCUGGUAAAAGUACAUCCAUUAGAAUGAUAACUGGAGACACUAAACCAACUGCUGGAGAGGUGCUCCUGAAAGGCAGCAGCGAAGGGGAGCCCCUGGGGUUCCUGGGGUACUGCCCUCAGGAGAACGCGCUGUGGCCCAGCCUGACGCUCAGGGAGCACCUGGAGGUGUUCGCCGCGGUGAAGGGGCUGAGGAAAGCGGACGCCAAGGUCGCCAUCACACGGCUGGUGGAGGCGCUCAAGCUGCAGGACCAGCAGAAGCGGCCCGUGAAGGCCUUGUCCCAGGGAAUCAAGAGAAAGCUGUGCUUCGCGCUGAGCAUCCUGGGAGACCCGUCGGUGGUGCUGCUGGACGAGCCGUCCACGGGCAUGGACCCCGAGGGGCAGCAGCAGAUGUGGCAGGCGAUCCGGGCCACCUUCAAAAACACGGGGAGGGGCGCCCUCCUGACCACCCACUACAUGGCGGAGGCCGAGGCCGUGUGUGACCGCGUGGCCAUCAUGGUGUCGGGCAGGCUGAGGUGCAUCGGUUCCAUCCAGCACCUGAAGAGCAGAUUUGGCAAAGACUACCUGCUGGAGAUGAAGGUGAAGACGCUGGCCCAGGUGGAGGCCCUGCACGGCGAGAUCCUGCGGCUGUUCCCGCUGGCCGCCCGGCAGGAGAGGUACUCGUCUCUGAUGGUCUACAAGCUGCCGGUGGAAGAUGUCCGACCUUUAGCCCAGGCCUUCUUCAAAUUAGAGAAGGUUAAACAGAGCUUCGACCUGGAGGACUACAGCCUCUCACAGUCCACGCUGGAGCAGGUUUUCCUGGAGCUCUCCAAGGAGCAGGAGCUGGAGGAUUUUGAUGAUGAACUUCAACCCUCCAUGAGGUGGAAACUCCUCCCACCGGACGAUUCUUAAGAUCCCAAAGAUCCUGUGUUUCCAUUCAA